AUGGCGAAUGCAGACAACCUGCUCGAGGGAGAGCCUUUUGAGGAUGCACCGCCCGCGACGUCUCGAGAUGCCUCUGCAUACAGCCCACUACACGAAUUUCUACUGCCGCCAGCCGCGGAAAGGCAGUAUACACAGCAAUUCGCCGACAUGUACUUUCUGCGAUUGAUGCAAUUGAAGAAGACAGUGAAGCAACUGGCGGAAGAAGCGUGGCAUGGCUUCGAGCUAGAUGAUAAAAAGGCAAGCUUCGUCGAGCGAGUGCUAGAUGUGCGGCGGGGCGAAUUGUGCUGGGUGGUGGGAACAGUAUACAUGGACAUGGCAGGGAAGCCCAACGUCCUCGACGACAUUGAGAAAGACAAUUGGAUAGCCGACCCUCCACACCGCGAUACAUACGUUUCUCCAUCUGGCGGUGACGAGAUGAUGCUCGAAGACGAGUCUGGCCGUCUUCGCGUUUCGGGUGAGCCACUCCAAGGCCGCGUCGUCACUGGGUGCAUACUGGCUGCGUUAGGAACUGAACAGGAUGACGGCAGUUUUCUGGUCAUUGCAAUCCAGUACGCAGAUCUACCGAGGCAACCGCCGCGGUGGGAGCGCGACGACAUCGCACUAUCCAAGCAUAAGAAGGAGGUACCCAAACGCGAACGUGCUGGAAAGUUGGCAAUCGUAUCGGGAUUGGAGCUCACGGGUGCAGACGAUGAUGCCAUCUCAUUGGAUCUACUGGUUGAAUACUUGACAGGCGAAGCUGCAGACCCAACUACGCAGGCCCUUACUUCGCAAAUAACACGUUUACUAAUAGCAGGAGGCUCGCUCAAACAGGGCUCACCUAUCUUGUCCCGUGAAGACUUUGCCGCAAAGAAAGCCGCCGCCAGACACUAUGGCUAUGACGCCUCUUCGUACAAUUCAGCGCCCACCGAACGCCUCGACGACUUCCUCUGCGAUAUCCUCCCCACGCUACCUAUCACUAUGCUUCCAGGCACCAACGACCCCUCCAAUGUUGCAUUACCUCAGCAGCCCCUACAUCCUGCUCUGUUUCCCAAGGCGAGGCUCUACGCUGAGCCACCAAUUGAAAGCAAUGAAAGCCUCAACGGCUUCGACGCCGUAACAAACCCCUGGACAGGCGACAUCGAUGGAUACCGUGUGUUAGGAACAGGCGGACAGACAGUCAGUGACCUACUCAAAUACCUCAAAGGCGUCGGUCCUGUCGAGGCCAUGGAGAGGAUGCUGCGUUGGCGAUGUGUAGCGCCCACAGCUCCAGAUACAUUAUGGUGCUACCCCUUCCAGGAUGGCGAUCCCCUUAUGCUGACAGAGUGCCCACACAUGUACGUUGCAGGUUGCCAAAAGAAGUUUGAGACCAAGACCAUCACGGGCCCAGCUGGACAAAAGGUGCUACUGGUCAGUGUGCCCAAAUUCAGCACUUCGAGAAAGAUUGUGCUCGUAGACAUGGAAAGCUGGGAUGUGGAGGUGGUUCAGGUGAAGGCCAAGGGGGAGAAGCAAGGGAAGAAGAGGAGAAACAACAAGGGAGAGAAUGGGCAUGUGAAUGAGAAGACAAUGGUGAAGCAGGAACAGGAAACGGACAGAGACGUUAAAAUGGAGGAGUAGGGGCUGGUGGGGGCGGCUGUGUGAUACCCGAUAUAUCUCAAAUGCAGUUGUUGCCA